AGUCCUUAAACCUCAUUCAUUAUGAUACCUUGCUCCUUGUGCAACCGACCCACUUUUUUUUUCCUCUCAAAAACAAAAAAAAGUUAGUAUUAAAAUUUAAAAUAGUAACCCAGAACCAGAAGUAGACCAAGAAAUCUCAUAAAUAUAAAAGUUUAAGUCUUGAAUCCACAUAACUCACCGCCUUUAGUUUAUCUAUCUUUUUCUUUCUUCAAAACCUUGUACUUUUACACAUUCUAUUUUUUCAUUCUUCUCUCAGUUUUGAAGCAACAAAUUUGUUAGCUUUAGCUUUUGUUUUGUCUGUAAUUGUUCAAACAUGAGUAAACAAGAGAUGAUGAAGAUGCAGCAGACUUGUGUUCUUAAAGUGAAUAUACAGUGUCACUGUGAUGGAUGUAAAACCAAAAUCAAGAAACUUCUGCAAAAGAUUGAUGGGGUGUAUAAUGCUCAAAUAAAUGCAGAGCAAGGGAAGGUGACUGUCACAGGAAAUGUUGACCCAGCAAAACUUAUAAAUAAGCUUGAGAAAUCUGGGAAGCAUGCUGAGCUAUGGGGAGCUCCAAAGGGUUUCAAUAAUUUUCAGAACAUGAACAAUAUUCAACAGUUCAAGAAUAUGCAACUUGAUCACGGUAAAGGAGGGGGAGGCGGCGGUAAAGAUAAUAAAUCUCAGAAGGGUGGUAAAGGUGGCCAACAAGUGCAACCCCAAAUGAUGCAGCAGCAAUUUAAAGGGUCUAAAGAUAUGAAGAUGCCGCAUAAAGAUCAGAAAUCUGUCAAAUUUAACACGCAGGAUGAUUAUAUUGAUGCAAGUGAUGACGAUUUGGAUGAUGAUGAGUUUGACGAUGAGUUCGAUGAUGAGUUUGAUGAUGAAGAUGACGAGGAGUUUGGUCAUGGACAUGGUUUUGCACAUGGUGGUGGGCAUGGCCAUGGUCAUGGUCAUGGACCUCAGGGUCAGGGUCAUCAUAUGCCUAACAAGAUGAUGCCUAUGAUGAAUAAUGUCCAAGGACUACAUGGAACUCAUGGUAUGAUGAACGGUCCUAUGUUUAGUGAUAAAAAGGGCGGCGGCGGCGGCGGAGGAGGAGGCAAGAAAGGCGGCGGCGGUGGUGAUUUUGAGAUACCUGUGAUGAUGAAGGGCAAAGGUGGCAAUAAUGAUAGUAAGAAUGGUAAGGGGGAUAAAAAAGGUGGAGGUGGUGAUGGGAAGAAUGGUCAUAGCAAAGGAGGAAGUGAAAAAAAAGAUGGCAAAGAUAAAAGUAAAAGUAAAGAUGGCAGUAAAAGCAAAAGUGGAGUUGCUGCAUUCUUGAGUUUUGGUAGAAAGAGUAAAAAUGGAAGAGAAGAGAAUAGUACUGAGAAAAAGAGUAGCAAUAAUGAUCAUAGCUCAGCUGGAAACAAUAAUCACAACAACAGUAGCAAGGGACCCAAGAAAGGUGGAGCCAAAAAUGAUGGGGUCCAUGAUUCUAAUAAAAUCAAACCAACCUACCAUGAACUUGAAGUUAAUGGUGGCAAUGGCAAUGGUAAUGGUGGUGCCAAAAACAUGGCCAAGAUGGGUCCGAUGGGUCCGAUGCGGCCAAUGGGUAAUUUCCCUUCAGUGCAAGGAAUGCCUGCCGCAGCAGCAGGGAUGAACGGCGGGGGCGGACAUUAUCCGGGAAUGGGAGGCGGCAAUCCUUUCAACCAACAGCAGCUGCAGCAGCAACAAUACAUGGCAAUGAUGAUGAAUCAGCAAAGGCAAAACGGGAACGAUAUGUUUCAACCGAUGAUGUAUGCGCGGCCGUAUCCAGCCGUUAACUACAUGCCGCCGCCUCCGAUGCCGUCUCAUCCGAUGUCCGAUCCUUACACGCAUGUUUUCAGCGAUGAAAACACAGAAAGUUGCAGUAUAAUGUGAGAAUUAGUAUUUAUUGGUUAUAUGAGCUUUUAUUGUACUAGGUAGUAGUAAUUUUUGCUCAAACACCUUUGUUUGAUCCUAGUAAUUAUUUCUUUGCUUAGCAAUUACAGACAACUUUUGUGUUUGCAACUUUUAAUGUAAAAGCAAUUUGGCAAAUAGUCCUAACAAUUUCAAAUUUUAGGUAA